AUGGCUACAUGUUCUUCAGAUCACAAGGUAAAGAUAUGGGAGAAGCUGGAAAGUGGAACGUGGACAGUAGUCAAGGAGAUAAUGGCGCAUUACUCCCCAGUUUGGAGGGUCACGUGGGCACAUCCUGACUACGGCACUAUCCUGGCUACCUGUAGUAUGGACCACCGGGCUACUAUCUGGCGCAUGAUGAACGACGACAAGACGAACUGGGUUAAGAAAGAGCUAACAGACAGCUCUACACCAGUUACUGACGUUAAGUUCGCCCCCAGAACCUGGUCUGAUAUGAUGACUGGUUCUCCAGAUCAGCUGAGACUAGCUGCGUGUAGUGAGGAUAAAGUUAGGUUGUACACUGUGCAAGUGAACUCAGAACUCAACGACACUUACUGUGACUGCACCUCUGAAAAUAUCAUAGACUACUCCGAUGAGCCGGGUAAGAUCUCCUGUCUGUCCUGGAACUCCUCGUCUCGCUUCACCAACCUAGUCCUGGCUGUUGGAGUGCUAGGAGGUAAGGGAGGCUCCAGAGUCGACCUCUACAAUUUCAGCGAGAAUUCUCUGUCUGAUAGGAGCCCCAAAAAGUGGAGCAAGAUAGUGAGUAUACCCCUGACUAGUAAACUACACCACGUGGCAUUCCGACCCAACAAUGGAGCUCGGGAUAACAUUCUAGCUGUGGCUACUGAGGCUGAACUGGUUGUGUUCAAGAUCUGCUCUGAGGUAGUUUGCACUUACUUUUAG